AUGCCGAAGGGAUAUGAGCCGAAGCUGCCUGCGAAGCAGCUGGCGAUUCUGGCUGUUGCCAGAUUUGCCGAGCCGCUGGCCCUGACCUCCGUCUUCCCUUAUCUUCCAGAAAUGAUCGAGAGUUUCGGCAUACCGAAGGACAACGUGGCGAGGUGGGCGGGUUUGACGGGCGCUGUUUUCUCGUUAUCACAGAGUGUCACGGCUGUACCAUGGGGAAAGGCUUCAGAUACCAUCGGACGAAAACCGACAAUAUGUUUGGGCUUGAUCAGCACUAUGAUAUGUUUCAUUAUUUGGGGCAUGUCCACCAGCUUGCCUAUGGCGAUCACAGUACGUGCUAUAAUGGGAGGUGGAAAUGGAAAUGUUGGUAUUAUCAGAACAAUGGUGGCCGAGAUGGUACCUGAGAAGGAACUGCAACCGACUGCCUUUUCGAUUAUGCCUCUGGUAUGGAGUAUAGGAUCUGUUUUCGGCCCUUCGUUUGGAGGGUUCUUCGCGAGACCUGCGGAGCAAUACCCUUCUAUUUUCGGAGACAGUUGGCUCUUCAAGACGUACCCCUUUCUGCUCCCAAACCUCAUGGCCUGCAUCUUCUUCUUCAUCUCAGUUGUGACCGCGGUGCUUUUCCUGAAGGAGACCCUCGAAACCAAGCGCCACGACAGAGAUUGGGGUUUGAUCAUCGGCGAGAAACUGAUCCAUCCAUUCCGCAAGUCACGGAGCAAGCAUCUUCAGAAGAGAUCUUUUGUCGAUGAUGAAGCCACCGCUCCUCUUCUCUCUCACUCAGGCCUGCACACCUCAAAGAAACACAAGAUUGCCCCGCAACCGGCACUGAGAGAGAUUUUCACUCGUCAAGUCAUUAUUUGCAUUGUCGCGUAUACCCUUCUCGCGUUGCAUUCCGUCAGCUAUGAUCAGAUUCUGGCCGUCUUUUUGAAUUACCCACAACAAACUCCCGACUCGCAUAACACCCAUCUACCGUUCUAUUUCUCUGGCGGAUUCGGCUUGAGCUCUGGUCGUAUCGGUACCAUUUUCACAAUCUAUGGGUUUGCGUGUGGAGUCAUCCAAUUUCUUCUUUUCCCGCCACUGUGCUCCAAGUUUGGAGCGCUGAACUGCUUCAAAGCAUCCACUAUUCUAUACCCCAUCGUUUACAUGGCAACACCGUACAGCGCACUCAUUCAGGACGAGCGCAACCGCUACAUUGCCCUGAGCCUGAUUUUGCUCGUCAAGAGCUUCGCCGUCAUCAUCGGCUUCCCCUGCAUCACCAUUUUGCUUACCAAUGCCGCGCCCUCGCUCCGCAUCCUCGGCACCCUGAACGGCUUCGCCACGACCUUCAGCGGCCUGGGCCGUGCCUUUGGUCCAGCAGUCACCGGCACCACCUUCACCUACGGCGUUCAGCGCGGCUACGUGACGCCGGCCUGGUUCCUGCUCGCCGUAGUCGGUUUCCUGCAGGCCAUCCCAGCGUGGAUGAUCGUCGAGGGCAGCGGCUUCGCACACAUUCCCGACUCUGACGACGAGGACGAGGACGAGGACGACGGUCUCAUCCCAUCAGAUGAGGCCAACUUCAGCGACGGGACGGCCGUCGACGACGACGAGCAGCACGCCUUCGCGGCGGUCGCGAUCGACGCCCCGGACCUGGCGGCGGCGAUCCCCGAGCCGGACGACGUAGACAGCGACGUCCCGCCGCUGGAGCCGACAAAGGUGCUGCAUUCGACAGUCAACGCCACCGCUGCGCCGGGCCACGUGCGGCUACGUAGGAUGUCUGCGUCAGGACAGGAUCUCGAGCGCGAUCCCGCCGAUCCGAAAUGGAGGCUCAAGCAGGGCGAUGAUGACAUUGAGGGAUGA